AUGACUGCCAAAUCCUUCUCUUUCAUCGUCCUUGGUGCUGGCGUCUUCGGCGCCUCUACAGCCCUGGCUCUUGUACAAAGUUAUCCUUCAAAGUCAAUCGCGCUUAUCGAUAGGGAGAUUCCCCGUCGCCAGGGUGCUUCAUGGGACUGGACCAAAGUGAUUCGAGCCGAUUACACAGACAUAUUUUAUACCAGGCUUGCUCUCGAAGCUAAAGAUAUAUGGAGAAACGAUCCUCUAUACAGUGAGAACUACCAUGAAACCGGGUUAGUAUGGGUCGAUGAGUCUGGAUUCAGUAAAGCUGUCACUCAGAACUACAGCGUCCUUGGAGUUGAGGAGAAAUGGCAAAUGGUGUCUGUAAAAGAUCUGAAAGCAAGCUACGGCGGUAUUUUUUCCGAAGCUGAAUUUGGAAAACUCCAGAGCAUAUACUUGAACGAGAGUAGUGGAUGGGUUGAGGCUGGUAAAGCUCUUACAACUGUGAUUCAAGCAGCAGCGUCGGCAGGUGUACAGCUCAUCGAAUCCGAAGCCAGCAAUUUGGUGUUUGAUGAUAGGGGUUGUUGUAUUGGGCUCCGGGCCGUGGAUGGGCAGGUCUUCAUGGCAGAAAAAGUCAUUUUGGCAACCGGUCCUGAGACGGCGAAAUUCCUGAUAGCAAGCGCCCCUGAUGUUCCACAACUACGCGUGGGCGGUCGGCUGUCAGCAGCAGGCCUUGUGACUGGCGUUCUCAACCUCGAUCCGGAUGAAGCAAUCCGUCAUCAAGGUACCCCAGUUUUCUUACAUGCUGGCGGACCAGCCCAAGGAGCCAUCAUACCGCCCGGUGCAGAGAACUGUGUUAAGGUCACAUGUGAUAUAAGUUUUGUGAACACAACAGCACUAUCAGGUCAAAUAUCCAUGUCAGUACCCCCGGAAGACUCUGAAAUUGUACAGCGGGCAUUGUUAGAAGAGAUGAAAGCAGAACUACGUAGAGUGUCCGUUGGUAUUCUUGGUGAAAAAGGGAGCCAGAAAGGCUUUCGAGAUUGCCGUAUUUGCUGGGACGCAAUAACCCCUUCCCAAGAUUUCCUAAUAUCAGCUCAUCCCGGUUGUGAAAACCUUUAUCUAGCAACCGGAGGUUCAUUCCAUGGCUGGAAAUUUCUACCUACGGUGGGCAAGUACAUUGUCCAUAUGCUUGAAGGAAGACUCGCUCCUGAAUUAUCAAAUCGGUGGGCAUGGGACAGUCAAUAUCUACACCCAGCGAACAGUAGGAUGGCUCCUUCCCGCGAAAUGGCGGGCUUGAUGAUCAAUAAGUCUCCUGAAGUAUAG